ACCAUUGGCUGGCGAAGAAGGAAAACAACAGUUAGAUCGUUUACACCGUCCGGAACGGGUCGUCGCGAGAGCGUUUAUUGUUGUUUUACGUACCACGGAUCAGAUCGGAAAACCUGUACUUAGAGAGUUGGAAAAAUUUAAUGAAAAAAAAAAAAAAAACAAAGCACCAGUUAAGCGCAGUGUGCCUUGACAGGCAAACAAAUCAAUACCAAACGAACCGUGAGCUCAGGCUAUAUUUCAUAAACAAAAGUGAAGUGUUUUAGGGUGGUGGUGACAGGGGUUUUUUGUGCGGGAAAGUGAAGCUAUAAUUCAAUCAAGUGGAAGUACCAGUGCAGCAGUGUUCCAAGUGGGAAGGGAGGAUUAGGUGGAUUGGAUGAAUUAAUUCGUUUCCAUUCUGCAAUCGUGCGAAAAAUAAAAACCGGCACCAACGACGACAACAACAACAGCAGCAGCCGAUAAGAGAAGAGUGUGAGUGUGUGUGCGCGUGUUUCUCCGAGUGUCGAACCCCGGUGACAGUUUCAGCAACCGGAUACCAGCCAACUACGGGCCAACGGACGGACGGUCAGACAGACGGAAGCGCAACCCAACCAAUCAUUCGUCGAAACAUGGGACAAGCAACUGCUGAUCAGAUCGUCGUGGUUCAUAGCAGUAGCAGUAGCAGUCCUACCGUUGGUAACUUCAGCGACUGGCAGCAGCUUCCGGAGGCGCCCCAGGACGGACCAAAACGAAACCUCUGCUCUAUUGGAGGCUGGUACAAAAACGCCACCCGUCGAGCGUCGGUGAAAGGUUCAAGCAGAAAUAAAUCCAACACCGAUUCUUCGUCGGGAUCUUCAUCGUUUUUGUCCGGAACCGUUGCCGCUACGGAUCAGGUUCUACUCAAACUAGUCCAAAGAUUGGCGUCACUGAGAAGCGGCGGCAGCAACAGCAAAAAGUGCAAAAGCAAAAAGCACAAACAAGUCGACAGGAACAACACUCCGGACGUCCAGCGUGGCGAAGCUAACCGACCCGUUGCACCCAUUCCUGUCGAACCAAUCCUCCAGCCGACAAGCGGAAGUGAAAUUGAUGAGCCUUCUGCCGUUGAUGGCGGAAAUUACCAUGCCCAAAUCGCUGUGCUUGUGAACGACGACGACGACGACGAAGGCGAAAACGAUGCUUUUCCCUCUGGUGGACCGGCAAAUCAGAAGUGCAUAAGCUUUAGCCAGCAACCCAAUCUCAGCUCAACGGAUGAUGAUGAUGACCACGUUGAUAGUCAGCCAGAUGCUAGGAAUUUAAUUAGUUCUACUGGAAACGCUGGUUGCCAUAACGACAACCACCAAAAUCGAUCAUCGUCCAAAAUGGGCUCCAAUGUGUCCCGGCAUCACGAGAAAGGUUUAACCGGUCGGCGGGCACAAUCAACUGAUAAUCUAAAAUCAGAUCACAGCCAGUCCUACCAACCGUAUCAGUACAUAAUCAACAACAACAACAACAACGUUAUCCACAAUCACACUUCGGAUGGAAUAAAAUCCAACGUUCCACCGGACCUGACGCCGGGUGACGAUUUUCGUGGCCCGGCCGAUAAUGACAAUGAUGGUGGCCGCGGAUGCCAUCGGGAGGACUGUCGCGACGGUCCGGCCGCCAUCAACCCCCAGGAUCGGAACAAGUUCUGUGGCAGUCUGCCGAAUCAUCUGGACGCGGAUGAUGCUUGCGAAGCGAUUUUCAAACAAAAUGAGUUUCUCCAAACGCACCUGAAAAAUGUUCUGGCGACCCAUCAGCAGCAGCAGCCAGAAUAUGUGACCGCGUCUAGUUUGGCAGCCGCCAUUGGCGGCCAUGGUAAUGCAACUGGUAGCCAGCAGCACCAGCAGCAACAACAACCGCCACAACAGCAACAGCAACUUCCACCAACAUAUCAGCAAAGUUCGCCAUUCUGCUCCAGUUCCAGUGGGAAAGGUUCGACCGUUUCUUCGACGACAUUCCGAACGGGCAACGGAGGUGAAACCGACGGUGAUCGGCCCGAGUUGGGUACGACUCAGCUUACACUGCCUCUGCUACGGUCAGAAGCGAAUCUUCCGUCGAACGCCACCGGUAGUAACAGUAGCGGCAGCACUACGGCCGACACCGGCUGCGAUCAGGGCUACGGAAGCGAACGGUCCCCGGAGGAUGAAUUGCCGCCGCCGCUGCUACUGAUGCACGAAGCCCAGUACAACGAGAUUCUCGCUUCGUCCCAGCAGCCCCCAGUCAGUGCCAUCGAACCGAACGACCUUCAGCGCUACUGGAACUACGAGAAGGCGGCCACAAGUUUGAUUGCCAGCGGUGAAUACAGCUUCAUUACUAAAGACACCGUUUUCCUCGUCCAGGUACCGAAGGGAACGCGCGGUCUGGGUCUGUCCGUGUCCGGUGGAUCCGAUUCUUCCGCGCCCUUCCCCGGACUGAUCCGCAUCAAAAGACUGUUCCCGCACCAGGCAGCCUGGGCCACCGGAAUGCUCCAGCCGGGUGACAUCUUGCUCGAAUCAAACGGCAUUCCACUGACCGGGUUGACCAAUUACGAAGCCUUGGAAGUGCUGCGAACCGCACCGAACUACGUGACGCUCACCGUGUGCCGACCGCAGGAUGAACAGUACCGCAAACUGUCGCCCCCCAGUGAGCCCCCGAAGCCACCCCUGCGAAAUGCCUUAUCGUCCUCGUCCUUUAGUGAAAUGCCAUCUCAGCUUCAAUCACCGCAGUUGAUGCAGUUUCCAACUCAGCAGCAAAUGAUGAUCCCUCAUUACUACCACCACCAGCAACAGCAGCAGCAACAGCAACUGUAUGGCUACCCACCGCAAUCGGUGGGUUUUGCCGGUCAGCAGCAGCAUCAUCAUCCCGUCCAUAAUGGCAGCUUCACCGGGGAGUUCGAGAUCAUCCUCACCAAGCAGCAGGGUUCGCUGGGUUUCACCUUGCGCAAGGAGGACGAAUCCGUGCUGGGACACUGCGUGCGGGCGCUGGUGCGCGAUCCGGCCCUUAACGAUGGCCGCAUCAAACCAGGCGACAAGAUCGUAGCCGUGAACGAUGUUCCUAUCUCGCAGAUGACCCACGAAGAAGCUGUGAUAUUUCUACGGCAGGCUGCCGAUGUCGUCAAGCUACGUCUCUACCGAGAUCAAGCUCAAACGCCUCUGUCCGGUCAAUCGCCUCUCACGGUUGGUGGUGGAAUGGAGGAAUGUCCUGCCGGAAUUUGCUCAUCAGCAUCCACGUCUACCGUUGGACAUGGAUCCGGAAGACCCAAGCCGAACCUUCGGCCGGAAGCACUGAACCUGCUAACGGAUAUUGCCCAUCGCAAGCAAUCGGCCAAUAGCAACAAUUCCGGUGGAGGUUCAACCAGUUCUUCCUCCGUGAAAUCUAGUAACGCUUCGCCUCGACGGCUGCGGCGAGGUUUACCCCCGACACCACAGUCGAAGAAGUCUUACGACAACCAUGGCUUUCAACAUUCCGGUGGCGAUUCGAUGUCCAACUAUUCAGACUCGGAAACAUCCACGAUCGUGAGCCAGGGCAGCUCGUAUCUGCAGCACCAUCAUCAUCCGCACCAUCACCACCAACAGCCGCAGAUGGUCCCGGCGGCGGGUGUCUUCCACAGUGCAUCGUGCAGAUCCUGCAGUGGAACGGCGGCCUUUCCUCCGGUUCAAACACCGAACCUGGAUGAGUUGUAUUACUGUGAUGACGAGAUCGACGCAGAAAGUCUGUACGAGGGUGAAAAUGGUGACGAACAACAGCGUAGACCGAACUUUCUUGAUUUGGCUGGUGAAAGUGGAAGCACUCCGACGUCUUCUCGGAAGCCGAGGUUUCAGUUCUCCGUCGCCAACACAAACGCGUACGAGCUAAACAACCUCGAUAACGAAGCCCUGGAUGCUCCGGCGGUUUACGCUCUUAACGGAACCGAACAGGGAGCACCGCCUGCCGGAGGGAACGGCGAUCAGUUCAUGAGUCUUCCCUGCGAAACAUUCCUGGUGGCGUGCAAAACCGAAAACGACCUGAACGCGGACUCGACCGACGCCAUCUACGUGAAGCACUUCGCCCACAAAUCGCCACUCUAUUCGUCGUUUAAUGUCCCGCUGAAGGACAACGCCGGUGGCAGCGUGAGCGUCAGCGAGGUUGUGGACGCCGUCGAGAAAGGAGGCAAACAAAGUCUCAUGAAGUGGAAGGGAGCUUCCCUAACAUCAGACGACGAAACGCCCAGCUGUGGUGACGGUGGCCUUUCGGAUCUGACUACGCCGUCCUCCGGUGGGACAACCACCGGAACACUGGGCAGUGUCAGCAGCGAUUCGGUUGGAACUCAGCCGGAAGUGGAUUCCAGCGUGGCGGCCACCAUCGGAACGGCCAGCACGACAACGCCAACCACCGAGCGAGAACUGAACGGUGAGAGCGAAUCGAACGUAAUCGACGGUGAUGGCAAUAAGAUUUUCACCGUCGAGCUCAACAAACGCUGGAACAGCCGGCUAGGGUUUAGUCUGAAGCGUGACCCGGAAAGCGGCCGGACCGUGAUCAGUGCCAUCUACAGUGACAGUGUUGCCGCCAAGGACGGCCGACUGCGAGUUGGUGAUCAAGUUAUAAUGGUUAAUGAUGAAUCGGUGGAAGAGAUGAGCACCGCCCAGGUCAUCGACCUGCUGCGGAUCAUUCGGGGGUCGAUCUGUCUUCGACUGAUUCGCCGGGCUCCGGCAGUUUCCCAGCCUAUUUCGGUCAUCGCCGAAGAAAAUGAGGAGCGAACCGUGGACAGCCCCGCCGUGGAAAGUGCGGAACAAAUCGAGGAAGAAAUGGUGAAUAAUUAAAUUUCCAUCAGCAGCAGAUGUUCCGUAAGUCUUCCACUGUUCCAAUUUUCAACCUAAACACACUAUCCGUCAUCCCUUACUCGAGUCUCAGGAUUUUUCUUUUCACCCCCAUCUCCUUGAAAAUCUGCUACUCUGAAGAUACGAUAAGUGCAAUAUUCCGUUCAGCAAAUAAGUACUUACGAGAAUGUCCAAUUCAGCAACAUUCUUCGAUUAUAUUUUGUAGAAAAGACAGUUUUCAAGCAACCCUAAAUAAAUAGUUAAAAUGUUCACGAAUAAAAAAACACACUCACACAAGUUCUGCGACGGGAUACAAAAUUAGCUCAGUACACGAAAUUAGACUUCACUCAAAAGAAAAAAAACCCCGAAACGAAUUGCAUUUGUUGGCCGCAAAAGUAUAAAAUACAAACGUAGUUAAUGGAAUUAAUAUCAUGAUUAUUAUUUAAAAUAAUAGCAGAGUAACGUUCGAAUAGCUUGAGAUGCUAUUUUAACUAAAGAAUACCAAAAAAAUUAAGAAACAUUGUUGAAAAAUCGGUUUUAAACCUUCGUGGAAGUUUUUACCUAGUAAAAUGUAAAACUAAAACACAAAAUUCACUUGAACGUUAUUCGAAGUAGAAAUACAAAAAAAAACACUAUAAACACGUACGACUGUCACGAGCAUGCCAGCGAAGAGUCUAUUAAAAUAUAUAUAGGAAAGAUAUGAUUUAUUAAA